CUGAGGCCUGGGCAGCUGGUGGGAAGGGUGGUCCUCAGCCACCUGCCCCAGCCCAGCCUCUCUCUGGCUUGCUCCCUGUAGCACCAGGAUACCUGGAUACUUACUGGUCUGGCACAGCACCCAUCUGCUUGGGGGGCUGCAAGGGGAAGCACAAGGAGCUGAAGAGGAGCCAGUGUGGAAAUGGCAGCUGCUGCUGGCUAGGCUACAAGUCCUUCUGUCGAGUGAACUGUGGGCGACCUGAAGCGGACUUCAACUCAGUGGUGUAUGGCAAUGACUGGUGGGUUGGCUCAGUGGUGCGAUACAGCUGCCGGCCUGGAUUCCUGCUGCUGGGGGACCCAGCCAGCGCCUGCCAGUCCAACGGUCACUGGACCCCCAAGCCCACCUGCCUCCGGAUCUGCCUGCGAGGUCGGAUCGAGAUCAGUGAGCGGGAUAUUACUGGGAGGUGCUCCUCGUCUUGCAGCAGCCAAGCCCACCUGGGAGCCUUCCUCAACCAUGGCUGCAUUAAGAUCUCAGCCUGUGUCACCAAGCACUCAGGCUGGGCCCGCUGGUUCCUACGCUGUGAUGUCUGUGAGUGCAACUGCCACGUCCCAUGUGCUUCUUCUGGGUAGAACUGGGCUGUCCAGGGCUAUGGUCACUGGCCCCAUGCUGAGGGAAGCUUGCACCCUGGGUGUCUGCUUCUUUUUGCCAUGCGUCUCCAUUGCUGAGCUCCUUCCACAAGCUCCAUCCGUCCCAAGCCUAUCAUCUGAGAGGAGACGUUCUGGACUCUUGCAGGGCUGCCUUCCUGCCUGGCCCCAUCCUGUGACUCUCCAGUGGCAGGGGACGCUCUGUGAGGAGCAGGCACUGGGAGCUGCAUGUGUUUCCUGCAGCUGGGCUUGGAGAUGUUGGUGUCUUGGCCUCCGUUUGCCCGGCUGCUUCCUAGAGAAGACUCAUAUCCCUUUUUAUGGGGGAGGUAGCAUGUAUACCUGUGUCUGUUGCAGAAGUAUCUAUCCCAUCUGUGCUGCAGGGUGUGAUUUCCCCCUGCUAGAUAUUUCCUGCACAUGGGACAGGCCCUGUCCUGGUAGAUCUGCCCUCUGUGUUUACUGCAGCUGUCAGGCAGAGCUGGAGUGUGGGACAUGCCUGCUAUGGCCCUGCCAUGGACAGAGCUUGCAGGGCAGAGCAGCCUGACCAGGGCUGCACCACUUAUUGCUGAGGAAUCAAGUGUCAUAGUGGGACAAACUGCCCUACUGCCUCUCUGGGAGAGCUGGGGCCAGGACAGCUAGUUGUGUGGGGGAAGGUCUCAGCUCCCAGGUGCAAAGUCUUUCCCAUGGCCUGGUCUGCACCCUGGCUGCAGGUCAUGCUCCUUUCAGGUCUACCAUCUUGCCCUGAGAGCCCUUUUCCCCAGGCACUUCUCUCCCAGGAGCUUGGGGCCACAGAGACAUGGCAGCCAAUGCCCUGCAGCCAAGAUGGGUAAGAAGAAAAAAGAGGGUUGUCCCAAGUACAGCAGGGGCCCUCUUUUGUCCUGUAGCUGGAGAAAGAGACCUGGGGUGUGAGCCCACAAUGAUUGCUUCCAGGCACUUGAGAAGGGAGCUGUGGCUGUGGCCUCUCACUGCCUACCAUGGGACCUGCAUGGCUGCUAUUAACGUGGCCAUCAUGGGCACUACUGUAACCCUAUGCUAUGCCACCUCUCUUCUCAGGAGUGAGUUUCUGACCAGGGUCCCUUCCCUAAACUCUUUAUCCUCCCCACUGGCCCUUCACUUCUCACUGGGGCAAUGCUCAGUGGGUUGCAUUCAUGCUGACGCUGGUACCCAGCUCCAGAUGGGAACAGCCUUGUGCUCCCUGGGGACUUCCCUGGCUCCCUCUGAAGCAGGGAAUUUUUAUUCCCCCAGGGAAGGAGAAGGUGGGCUGGAGCACGUGUGAUAGGUUUGCCAGGGGAGCUGGAGGACCAGCAGCACUACCGCGGGCAAUUAAAAAUAUGCUUACAGGAAAUCACAGAGGUUUUCCAGUCAUGCAAAGAGAUUCUGCUCUCUGCUCUGUCCCUGAAGCCCUGGGUAUACAUGACAGAGCCAGGACAGGCUGCCUUUGCCACUGAUACUGUCUUGGACAUGGAAGCCACCAUAGGGACACAGCUAUGGUCAAGGCCACUGUAGAAAUGUCCUAGCUGGGGAUCAGAUGGAUGCUGAAUGUGCCCAUGGCACUGAACACCAAGCCUUUCUGGGCACUUGGCUCCCAUCCUUGCUGGCCUUCCACCUUGAAAUGACUCCACAGCAGGAUGCUGCAGCAGCUGCUGGUUGCUGCAUGGCUACCAGCUAUGUCUCAGGAGCUCGCAACUCACCCUGGAGCAGUCAAGAAGGAAGGGGCUUUAGUAUCAAGGGGGUUCACUCCCAGACCCUGCUUGUGCCCACCUGCAGGGAAGCGGGGCUCUUUUGUGCUACGCAGAGGGGGUCUGGGCUGAGACAUGCUAAUGGUUAGUGUCCUGGGGAUGGGAGUCAGUGUGCUGAAUGCAAACUGGAUGGGUCCAGCGUGCCUUUUGCUCCAUGAGGAGAUGACUUAAGACUUCCAUAUGGAUCUUGGCUCCACGACUAUCUCCCUGUGCCCUUGCCCUGCUCAGUCUGUGGGCUGCCCUACCCUAUAGUCUCUCCUCUGGCUGUAUCCUAGUCUGCUAAAGAGUCAAUUCACUGCCCUAAGCUCUGUCCCAGCCCAAGGCUGUGGGAGGGGAAAGCUUUCCUUGGCUCAACAGAUGGUUUUUUAAUUAAUACUCUUGUUAGUGCCACUCAUUUCCAUAUGUCUUUCAUGUUUAUGUGCUGUGGUGGGUGAGAGGUGUGAGUAACAGUGAGGAUGGAGCCAGGCAUGGUGCUGCAGAGGGAUGGCAGGUCCCCCAUGAUGAGCUAUGGAGGGAGUGUGUGCUGGGGGAAAAGCUCUUGCAGGGGGGCACCAUCCCAUCAGGGUCCUUUGUGGCCAGCUCUAACGCCACCAGCCCUGGCUCUUGAUGCUUGGUGUGGGCUCCCUAGGUAGUCCUCUGCAUUGCAGCCAGAGUUUCACCCAGCAUGUGCCUGCACUGUGGUGGCUGUAGGGUAGCGUGGCCCCUGUCCCAGGUCAGCACAGGGCUGAGUGGGAGCCAGGCGCAUCCCAGGCGGGAGUGGACUUAGGGGCUGUUGGGCCCACUGGGUUUUGGGCUGAGGUGGUCACUGCCCCAUACGUGAUCAGCAGCAGGCAGUGGGGAAGGGUUCUGGGAGGCUGCCGAGUCAGUGCUGGCAAACACCACGAUGGUGGGCCGGGGAUGCUCAGGACCUUCUGGCUCGCGGGGGAGAGGAAAUAGCGCCGGCCCCUUUAAGAGGAUUUUUCGCUGCCUGGCAGUGCUGCCUGCCUGGGCAGCCCAUCCUGCCGCCCCGACAGGCAGCGGCAGCAGCAGGGACAAAGCCGGCGGAGAGGGGCACCGCCGGGCAGCUGGGCCGGGAGGGCUGCUAGCCACUGCUGGGCUGGGGGCGGAAAGCCCCCCGUCCCGCCCUGCCUGCCGCCCAGCCCAUCCCAUCCCAUCCCAGCCUGCGGAGAAAUGGGGAGCAGACCCCAGCUGGGGAUCCGCGGGGGCAGCGCCUAGCCCGGGUCCCGGCGCUGAGAACCGGCCGGCUGCCGCGGAGCAGCCCCCUGCCCGGCCGGGGCGCCCGGCGCCGUCCCUCAGCCCCCGCUGCGGGCAUCGCCCCUUUGUCUGCGGAGGAGGAGGAGGAGGGAGAGGCGGAGGGCGCUGCGGCGGAGACACGGCUGGGCGCAGAGCGGCGGGGAGAGGAGCUGCCGCACUCGCAGCCUGCCAGAGCAGCAGGAUGGCGGAGAAGGGUAUGGAUCCCACGUGUGUCUCCAUUGCCCUGGAGGACACAGUGUGCCACGCUGGUCCCCCAGACGCCCCGCUCCUCACCACCCACUUGAAGAAGGUGGAGAAUCACAUCACAGAGGCCCAGAGGUUUUCUCACCUCCCGAAGCGCUCAGCUGUCAACAUUGAGUUCAUUGACCUCUCCUACUCUGUGCGUGAAGGCUCCUGGUGGAGGAAGAGAGGGUACAAGACUCUCCUCAAAUGCCUGUCAGGGAAGUUCUGCCAGCGGGAGCUCAUUGGGAUCAUGGGACCCUCGGGUGCUGGGAAGUCCACACUCAUGAACAUCCUGGCUGGUUACAGGGAGACUGGCAUGAAGGGCCAGAUCCUGGUGAAUGGCCGGCCACGGGACCUCCGUACCUUCCGCAAGAUGUCCUGCUACAUCAUGCAGGACGACAUGCUCCUGCCACACCUCACUGUGCUGGAGGCUAUGAUGGUCUCUGCUAACCUGAAGCUGAGUGAAAAGCAGGAGGUGAAGAAGGAGCUGGUGAACGAGAUUCUGACGGCCCUGGGGCUGCUGGAGUGCUCCUACACCCGCACCAUCUCGCUCUCGGGGGGCCAACGCAAGCGCCUGGCGAUCGCCCUGGAGCUGGUGAACAACCCUCCAGUCAUGUUCUUCGACGAGCCCACGAGCGGUCUGGACAGUGCCUCCUGCUUCCAGGUGGUUUCCUUGAUGCGGUCUCUGGCUCAGGGUGGACGCACCAUCAUCUGCACCAUCCACCAGCCCAGCGCCAAGCUCUUUGAGAUGUUUGACAAGCUGUACAUCCUGAGCCAGGGUCAGUGCAUCUUCAAAGGCAUCGUGACCAACCUCAUCCCUUACCUGAAGGGUCUUGGCCUCCACUGCCCCACAUACCACAACCCUGCUGACUUCAUUAUCGAGGUGGCCUCAGGAGAGUAUGGAGACCUCAACCCCGUCCUGUUCCGUGCCGUCCAGAAUGGCAUGUGCACCAUGGCUGAGAAGAAGAGCAGCCCCGACAAGGCAGAUCCAUCAUGCCCAGCACACUGUGUGACGGAUGUCGACCACAUCGAGAGCCACACGUUUGCCACCAGCACUUCAACCCAGUUCUGCAUCCUCUUCAAGAGAACCUUUAUCUGCAUCCUAAGGGACACGGUGCUGACCCACCUGCGGUUCAUGUCCCACAUUUGCAUCGGAGUGCUGAUUGGGCUGCUCUACCUGCACAUUGGGAACGAUGCAGGCAAAGUCUUCAACAACACUGGCUUUCUCUUCUUCUCCAUGCUCUUCCUCAUGUUUGCUGCACUGAUGCCCACCAUCCUCACCUUCCCCCAGGAGAUGUCUGUAUUCCUGCGAGAGCACUUGAACUACUGGUACAGCCUGAAAGCCUAUUAUCUGGCAAAAACCAUGGCAGAUGUGCCCUUCCAGGUGAUCUGCCCCAUUGCAUACUGCAGCAUUGUGUACUGGAUGACAGGCCAGCCACCUGAAGCCACGCGCUUCCUUCUCUUCUCUGCCCUGGCCACUGCCACGGCCCUGGUUGCCCAGUCCCUUGGACUUCUCAUCGGAGCUGCUUCCACUUCCCUACAGGUGGCCACCUUUGUGGGACCUGUCACUGCCAUCCCUGUACUGCUCUUCUCGGGCUUUUUCGUCAGCUUCAAGACCAUACCCACCUACCUGCAGUGGAGUUCCUACGUCUCCUAUGUCAGGUACGGCUUCGAGGGUGUCAUUCUCACCAUCUAUGCCAUGGAGCGUGAGGACCUGGAGUGCCUCGAGGAAUUCUGCCCUUUCCAAAAACCCAUCAAGAUCCUACAGGAGCUGGAUGUGGAGGAGGCCAAGCUCUACCUGGACUUCCUCAUCCUGGGCAUCUUCUUCAUCAUCCUGCGGCUCCUGGCUUACCUGGUCCUCAGGUACAAAGUCAAGUCAGAGAGAUAAAAUGUUGUUCCCGGGCCCGGCCUGCUGUGAGAGACAGUUCUGCAGGUGGACGCAGUGCUCCUAGCAGGUCCUGGACUGCAGCAGAGGCAUCGGUAGGUGCCAGCCAGGCCUGGCUCAGCCGAGAAGGGUUUUGAGACAUCUCGGAACUGUUUUAACCUUUCCACACACUCUUCAUUGCAAAAGUUUUGUACAGCCCUGGCAUGUGUCACCCUCUCCCCCAGGACUGCCGAACCCCAUGGAGCUUGGAUCCCCUCUUGUCACCCCUGCCCAGCACUGCCCUUCUCUGCCAAACACAUUGGGACACUGGGGGCAGUCCCGCGGAGGCAGCUGUCUGCCGAGCAAGGCUGAAAGGAACCAGCUGCUCCAGCCAGGAGGGGAGCAGUGCCCUGGAGCUGCCUGAUCCUGGGGCUGAAGCCAGGAAGAGACACCUGCAGAGCGUGGAUUGGUAGCGCAGCACGUAGCCCCAUUGCUCGCUCUGGCCAGCAUGCGUGUCCGUGCUAAGAAGAGCCCAGAGAUGCAGUGCGCCAAGUUACACAAGGCUUUAGUGUUUCCUGUCACCAUAGCCACAGAAAUUGCUGCAUCCCCUUUUUAUUUCUGCGUAAAUCCCCCGGGGUUUUUUUUUC